UCUGCGCUCUAGAGUGUGUGUGUGUGUGUGUGUGUGUGUGUGUGUGUGUGUUUGUCCGUCUUCGCACGGACUGCGCGAGUGUGUGACGCCCCUCUCUCCUCUGACGCUGCCUCCAGCACCACCACCACCACCACCACGCCGCCGACGAGGGGGCCCCCCGUUCAGAGGACACGGGAGGAGGUGUGAGACGCACGGGAGGCUCACGCGCUCGCGCACUCGCACACUCGCCGCGGACGCCGAAGCCCGCCGCUGCAGGCGCGCGCCCCUCAUUCAUUCCCGCCGCCCGGGCUGAAAGAGGAGGAGGAGGAGGAGGAGGAGAGGCACGCGCACGGACGGCCGAACGGCGGGCAGCAGCGACACGCCAAGACAGGGAGAGGAAGAUGGAGGUGCCGCGCGCGGGACACAGCGUCAGCAGCCCCGGGAGCCCGUGCGAGGACAUGAUGAUGAAGAACCUGAGCUUGGAGGCCAUUCAGCUGUGUGACAGGGAAGGAAAUAAGUCCCAGGACAGCGGCAUCGCGGAGAUGGAGGAGCUGCCUGUGCCACGGAACAUUAAAAUAAACAACAUCACAUGCGACUCCUUCAAGAUAUCCUGGGACAUGGACUCCAAAGCCAAGGAGCGCAUUACGCACUACUUCAUCGACCUGAACAAGAAAGAGAACAAGAACUCCAACAAGUUCAAACACAAGGACGUCCCGACGAAGCUUGUGGCCAAAGCUGUCCCCCUCCCCAUGACCGUGAGAGGCCACUGGUUCCUGAGCCCACGCACCGAGUACACGGUCGCCGUCCAGACAGCAUCCAAGCAGAGCGACGGCGACUACGCCGUGUCGGAGUGGAGCGAGAUCAUUGAGUUCUGCACUGCCGAUUACUCCACUGUCCAUUUAACGCAGCUGUUGGAGAAAGCAGAGGUCAUCGCGGGCAGAAUGCUGAAAUUUUCAGUGUUUUACCGCAAUCAGCACAAAGAAUACUUUGAUCACGUGAGAGAGGUCCAGAACAACAUGAUGAUGCCGUCGGUGAAGGACAACAGCGGCAGCCACGGCUCACCCAUCAGCGGCAAACUCGAGGGCAUCUUCUUCAGCUGUAACACCGAGUUCAACACGGGCAAGCCCCCCCAGGACUCCCCCUACGGCAGGUAUCGUGUCGAGGUCCCCGCCGAGGUUCUCUUCAACCCAAAGACCAACCUGUAUUUCGGGGACUUCUACUGCAUGUACACGGCCUACCACUACGUCAUCCUGGUCCUGGCCCCCGACGGCUCGCCGGGCGACGAGUUUUGCAAGCAGCGGCUGCCUGCGCUCGAUAUCGCCGACAACAAGUUCCUGACCUGCACCGAGGAGGAGGAGGGCCGGCUGGUGUUCCGUCACGCCCAGGACGUCAUCCUGGAGGUGAUCUACACCGACCCCGUGGACCUGUCCCUGGGGACGGUGGCCGAGAUCAGCGGGCACCAGCUCAUGAGCCUGUCCACGGUCAAUGCGAAGAAGGACCCCAGCUGCAAGACCUGCAACAUCAGCGUGGGCCGCUAAUGCCCUCCCAGCCGCCUCUAGCGCCACCUUCAGACACCCUGCAGAUUGUCUAACCCUGUUGAACUUUCCAUCCAGAAGAGCUCCAUCCGCAGCAUGCGUUCACAGCUUUCUACCAAACCGUCGUCUUUUCUUUCACCGGAUUUUCUUCCCCCUCCUUUUUUAUUUAAAAAAAAAAAAAAGAAAGAAAAAACUUUUACUCAUAAAUGAAAUGUUCUGAUUUUUCUGGAGGUGUUUGUGAGGUCCCUGCCAACUGAAAUGGAAACACCGCUUCUUUACCCCCCUCCCGGCUACGAUGCUUAUAACACAAAUUACUCCACCGAUAGAGUUGCAGUGUAACUUCUGCCAAAAGUAAGGAGGGGAAAAAAAAAACAAAACCGCUUUAGGAAAAGCCAUGGUAACAGCUUCUAAAAGGCGCUAUAAAUGCGAAUUAACCAUCUUGUGAUUCUAAAUAAUUACUGGAUAAUAUGCAAGAGCAUGAUAGGUUUUGUCUGCCAGCAUGAAUCUAACAGUGAAAACCUACAAGUGUGACCACCUCCACCUUGUUGUUUUGCAGUGUUCAGUGUUAUUUAUUCUAGGAACCAUAUACUGUGUUCAUACAUAAUAAAUGUGAUACAAAAAUAUUUAUUUUUACUGUUGUAUAGAAAAUGAGCAAAACCAGAAGUGCACAAUACGGAGAUUUCGGAUCAGAGCAACAAGGAAAAUCCUGGGAAGCGGAAGACAUAAAAACAAGCCGAGCAGCUGCAAUAACGUGCACUAAAGUAACCUAAAAUAUCAGGCUGAACAUUCGCAAACUAGCCGUAAGGGUUUUUUUUUUUUUCUUUUUUUAAAAUCACCAGAUAUAACUAUAGAACCACGAUCCGGGGUGACGAACGAUGCCGUGUGUCCGUCGCUUUUCUUUGUUGCACAACAGUUUUGACAGUUAAUUUAGACUGGCAUGCAAAGAAAGACGAGUUUGCAGUAAUAGUUGGUUAAUGGACUCGAAGCUGCGACCGUGUGGAGGAAUUGCACUUAACAACAGUUUCCAUGGUGGGGGGGUCCUGUAUCAACUUCAGCAUCUAUCGUGCUGCAGAUAGAACUUCCCCCCAAAAAAGUCACAAGACUAGGCCUUUCGCAAUUACAUUCCAGAGUAAAAAAAAAUAUAGUAAUACUUCAAUGAAUAAGAAUCUAGAAAAUCUUCCGCGCAGAUGGUUCGAGCAGAUUUUCCCCCUACUGGCGCCAAACUUACUAUGGUAAGUAGGGCUUCACAUUUUUUGCAGGAUGUAUUUAGGCUCCAAGA